AUGCCUCCCCCAACCCCCCAAAUGGAGGAAGAAUGCGAGAUCACGGCGCUAAAGAUCAUACGCACCGGCUUCGCCAUCGAUUACAUGCGCGCGCACUCGACGACCCGGUUCGGGCAUGAUCUGGACACCGGCGUGUGUCUGGAGGUGGCGACCGGGGCCAAGCCGGUCGUCGACAUCAAGGCCACGACGCCCGGCGUCAGUGAGGGUCUGGAUGAUAUGGCCUCGGACGGGCUGGAGGGGCGCAUGAUUUUGUAUGGGUUGGCUUUCAAGUUUGUUCGGGUUUAG